AUUCAAAUUGAAUCACAUAAGCUUCGAUCAGUUUUAAAAAACAUCUUCAACCAAUAUGAAGUCGAUUGUUUUUAUUCCAAUUCUUUUGCUUGUGGUUAUUUUGUGCUCCUUUAGGGCAAAUGCUAUGAAUGUUAAAAUAUUCAUGGCCAAAGAUCCAAGAAAUCCUGGAAUGUGUACAAUUGGAAAUAUGGUUGUUAAAGUUGGUAGUGCUAUUAGAAAUCCAAAUGGCAAAUGCGAAUCAUUAACCUGUCACGAAAAUGGACAAGUAUCAACAAUGACAUGUGUCCAAUCAGGCAUGCGGGACGGAUGUGUCAUGGGGAAAGUUAUCAAUCCCAAUGCUAUGUAUCCAGAGUGUUGCAAUCGUGAAAUAAAGUGCAAAACUGAUUACUUUUCUUAAAUUGCAUAGUUAAUUUAAAUAAAUAAAAUUUUAUCUUAAGCACAUUA